AUGCGCCUUUCUGCAAGAAUUGAUAGUGGCAUGUUGGUUGAUGCAAAUUCUGCUACUUGUACACCUGAAAGAUCAAUGGAUACUAGCAGUUUAUGUACUGACAUCAGUAGUGAUGAUCAAGCAUUUGUCUCUACUGAAUCAAAGAAAACAUUAGAGUCAAGUGCUCAGGUAAGUGCUACUGUUGAUGACAGUGAUGAAAACAAAGAAAUAACAGCUACUACUGCUGCUACUACUACUACUACUAGUAGUAGUAGUAGUACUACUACUACUACUAAUUCAACAAUAGAUGAAGAGGUACCAUCUACAGAAAUAUCUUCUGAGAUAUCCCUGACCCAGUUCCUCCUAAAAAGAAACGAAAAGUUGAUGAGCAAAUCACACCGGUACAUAAAACUGGUUCUGCCAGAACUGAAGGCUUCUACAAAAUCAGCAAAAGAGAAAAAAGCUGGUUAUCUUUGCCAUGCAAACAAAGUUGCUGAAACAGGACAACAAAAUGAUAAAAAAUUGUCGAUGACUUCACGUGAAGCUAGGCACAAUAUCAGACGGUUUCAGACUAAUUUUGGUGAUUUGGAGCUAGGAGAGCUCUUCAAAUUCAAUCAGCUGAAGUUCCGAAAGAAGCAAUUAAGGUUUGCAAAAAGUUCAAUUCAUGAUUGGGGGCUAUUUGCUCUAGAACCAAUUGCUGCAGAAGAAAUGGUUAUUGAAUAUGUUGGUCAAGUGAUUAGACAUUUUGUAGCUGAUGAACGAGAGAAACAAUAUGGAGCACAGGGUAUAGGGAGCAGCUACCUAUUCAGAGUUGAUAAUGAAACCAUCAUUGAUGCAACAAAGGCUGGAAAUCUAGCACGAUUUAUUAACCACAGCUGCAAUCCAAAUUGUUAUGCAAAGAUUAUCACAGUUGAAGCACACAAGAAGAUUGUGAUCUACUCAAAACGAGACAUUGAUGUAAAUGAAGAGAUUACUUAUGAUUACAAAUUCCCUCUGGAAGAAGAGAAAAUCAGCUGUCUCUGUGGAGCUCAGGGUUGCAAGGGUACUUUGAACUGA